GGCAGUCUGUCCAGCUCAUCUGAACAGAGGCUGUUUGGCACGUGCCCCGCCCCCCUCCAAAUCCAUUCUCCCGAUCCGUUUGGAGAAAUUCUGUUGCUUAAACAACACACUUUUUUUGAACAAUGAGUUCGUACAACGUUUCACUCGCUGGACCUUCGCCUUGGGGCUUCCGGUUGCAAGGAGGCAAGGACUUCAACAUGCCCCUCACCGUUUCUAGGAUUACACCAGGGAGCAAGGCAGCCUCGAGCAACCUGAACCAGGGUGACAUCAUCGUGGCCAUUGAUGGGGUCAGCACAGAGGGGAUGACACACCUGGAGGCCCAAAACAAGAUCAAGUCUGCCAACUUCAAUCUGGCCCUCACCAUGCAAAGGUCAAAGCGGCCCAUUCCAGUUCCCAUGACAACACCAAGGAUUAACUCCCCUAUGCCUGUGAUCGCUCAUCAGAAGGUUAUUACCAACACUUCUGCCAACACUGAGUACCUGCCCAGCUUCAACCCAAUAGCUCUGAAGGACACUGCACUCUCCACCAACAAGCCCAUUGAGGUGAAGGGGCCUGGAGGCAAGGCCACCAUCAUCCAUGCACAGUACAACACCCCCAUUAGCAUGUACUCCCAGGAUGCUAUUAUGGAUGCCAUUGCUGGCCAGUCCCAGGCCAGGGGUAGUGAGAUGUCUGGUAAUCUGCCAGUUAAAGAGCGUGUUAUAGACAGUGCUUCCCCAGUGUAUCAGGCCGUCAUCCCCAGUGAAACCAAUGAACUAGGGCCAGCUGAUUGGGCCAAAAGAGCCGCCCAGCUGCAGUCCAAGUCCUUCCGUGUCCUCGCCCACAUUACUGGAACGGAAUACAUGCAAGACCCUGAUGAGGAAGCUCUGAGAAGGUCAAGAGAAAUGUUUGAAUCUGAAGCCAAAGGCCCUCGUUUUGCUAAACUGAAAAACUGGCACCAUGGCCUGUCGGCACAGAUACUUAAUGUGCCUCAGUAUACUCCUGCUGAGCAUGCUCCGGUUUCCACCAGUAUUGCACCUGUGUGUCCGCCUACUAUCUCUGCUUCACCCAAUGAGCUCCUUUCGGGGCCGGAGAUAGCCAAUCAGGCACCCGAGCCUGAUGCGGGGCAGAAUCCUGAGCAAACCAUGGUAACCAGCUUCAACUUGCAGACCUCUAUGGGUUACAGUUCCCAGUAUAAAACCUCCGUCUCCAGUUCUUACUCCCAGCUCCCACCUAUGCAGCAGCCACCACCACCCAUGCAGCACAGCUCCAUCCAGAUCCCCGUAGGUGCACCUCCACCUAAAGUGGUCAGCACUGCCACCAUUGUGCCUGCAGCCUACUCAGCUGCCCCAGCACCAGCUCCUCCAAUGGUUCACAAGCCUGCUCCACCUCCACCUGCUCCUGCCGCAGCUCCAGCAUCUUCUUCCAACAGGCCUCCUUGGGUUACUGAUGAGAACUUUGCCCAUAAAUUUGACCCUAGCAAACCCACAACCACCACAAACAUCAGAGUGCAGCCUCUUCCCCAGGCGGCCCCACCACCACCGACCUACAUCCCCAACCCCGUCCCUGCUCCCGCUCCCGCUCCUGCUGCACCCAGCCCUGCAUUCAACCCCGCCCCCUUCCCACCUGUGGCUCGUGGAGUUGCUCAGAGGGCAGAGCGGUUUGCAGCCAGCAACAGAACACCUCUGUGUGGUGCCUGCAACAGCAUCAUCAGGGGACCAUUCCUGGUGGCACUGGGUCGGUCCUGGCAUCCAGAGGAGUUCAACUGCCAUUAUUGCCACACGUCUCUGGCUGAUGUCAGCUUUGUGGAGGAGCAGAAUAAUGUUUACUGUGAAAACUGCUAUGGAGAGUUCUUUGCACCUACAUGUGCCCGCUGCAACACCAAGAUCAUGGGAGAAGUGAUGCAUGCACUGCGGCAGACCUGGCACACCACUUGCUUUGUGUGCGCAGCUUGUGGAAAGCCUUUUGGAAACAGCCUCUUCCAUAUGGAGGAUGGUGAGCCGUAUUGUGAGAAAGAUUAUAUUGCACUCUUCAGCACAAAGUGCCAUGGCUGUGACUUCCCAGUUGAGGCAGGAGACAAAUUUAUUGAAGCUCUUGGCCACACAUGGCAUGAUACCUGCUUUGUUUGUGCGGUGUGCCAUGUGAACCUGGAAGGACAACCUUUCUACUCCAAGAAGGACAAGCCCUUAUGCAAGAAGCAUGCACAUGCCAUCAAUGUGUAGAUGCUUCAACGCUGCAUUAAAAAAGCUGUCAGUGAAGGAACUAAAUGCAAUUAAUACAUUUGCAUGUGUGGUUUAUGGCAAAGACAUCAGUGCCUAUCCAAAUUACAAAAACUAAUAUAAAAGUCAUAGAGUAUAAUAAAUAGCAUAUUAGUCAGAGGAUGAAACUAGACAUUUUGACACGUUUAGGUCUUUCUUUGUCUUUAUUACAACCCUAAUACAUUUGCAUACAUGCACUUGUUUGUCUGAUACAGUAAUUUAAGAGAAAUAACAUUUUCACUUUUUUUUUUUUUUUUGGUUUGGUGAUUUUAUUCAACAUACAAUGUUUGUGAUAUUAGUGACUAAAACCUUCAUUUGAAAGAUAUUAAUAUUAUACAUGAAUGUCGAAGAUCGAAACAGCCUGAAAAAGUCGAUGCAUGUUAUCACGCCUUAAAAUUUAACGUACACUUAAAUGUGUUUUUAUUCCAUUGCUGUUUGUUUUCUUGAACAAUAAUGAGGCCUAUAGAUCCCUGACUUGCUUAUCAAUCAUAAAAGGAUAUUAAAUAGAUUGAGACUUUGUGGGUCGUUUUACAGUCUUUUCAAUACUCAAUGGGUGUGUUAAGUGUUACUAAUCUUGUUCAUUUGUGCUUGUAGUGUGUGGGAAAGCAAGUGAGCUAAUUCAGGCAUAUGUGAUGUCAAUAUUAGCAUUAUGUGUCAUAUUUUUAUCAACUCAUUUUAAGAAUGUGAGCAGCACAUCUGAAAAGGUAACAGAAUUUAUUUUAAUUUAUUAAUUGUUGCCUCACUGUUUAUGCAAGACUUAGUACGUUGUAAUAAUGUCCAGCUCUCAAGGAGUAUUUCUUUUUCCUUUCAGUUAUUCAUGUUUUGCCUUGUCACCAUGAUAUUUGAUUUUUUUUUUGUUAUUUAUUGUGCGCUAAUCCUCAAUAUUUACAAAAUCUUUUCAAAAGGUGUACUGUAUUUGCAUGGAUAAUUUACUUGUUUUCUUUGCCAAGAAGGAGGGAUUCGUUUUUUUAUUUAAUAAAUACUUUAAUAAACAAGACAGAGGCACACACAG